GACGUCAUGCAUCGAGCUGAAGCUAUUGCACGAAAAGAGCUGCUGGCAGCCGCACCGUGAAUAUCUGUAUGCUCAUAGCCCGGACUGUGGAAGGAGGGAGAGAGAGAGGGAGAGAGGGCGAGAGGGCGAGAGAGAGAGAGAGAGAGAGAGAGAGGAGGAGGAGGAGGAGGAGAGGUGGAGGGAAUACAGUUGGAUUUGGAUACAACUGGAAAACUACCAAGCGCGCACAGCACGCACCGAGUGGAAGGCACAUCGACUGUGCGGAGCCAACAUUUCACCGACUCCCCCGUCCACCGCGAUCGGAUUCAGGCGAGAAUGGAGCUCCCUGCCGCCGGAGAGCACGUCUUUGCGGUGGAGGGCAUCGAAAAGAAGCGCAUCCGCAAGGGCAAGAUCGAGUACCUGGUCAAGUGGCGAGGCUGGUCUCCGAAAUACAACACUUGGGAGCCGGAGGAGAACAUCCUUGACCCACGCCUCCUCGUCGCGUUUCAACACAGAGAGAGGCAAGAGCAGCUGUUGGGAUAUCGCAAACGGGGGCCAAAACCCAAACAUCUUUUACUCCAGGUACCCUCCUUUGCCAGAAGAUCCUGUAUCCCUGCAGGUUUCGAAGAAUCAUCUCAGGAUGCAGAGGCUAUCCUCAAGUCCGAUCCCGUCCCGGUCCAGCGGCCCCAGCCUCAACAGUACCAGCUCAACAGCAAGAAGCACCAUCAGUACCAGCCCAACAGCCAGGAGGUCCCCGCUGACCAGCCAACAAAUGGCAAGAAGAAGUUCAUCUACCAGCUCAACAGCAAAAAGCACCACCACUAUGAGCCUGACCCGAGCAUGUACGACGCACAGGCUUCCAGGCUAAAAGAGGUGGGCAAGGCUCAGGAACCCGCCAGUAAACCGACAAAUCCUGGCUGGAACUUACCGCUGGCCCUGCAGCAGAAAUGGGUUCGAGACAAAGACACAGGCUGCUUGAGCAAAGUCAAAGAGAUUGCAGUGGAGGUGAGGAAACCAGCUGUUAAAGAUGCUGAGAGCGAACACGCCCUUAAACCCAAUCCUAAAGACGCCACCCUGCCUAGCGCCAUUAGCAGCAAAAUGAAGAUAAUCAAGAACAAAAACAAGAAUGGACGUAUUGUUAUUGUCAUGAGCAAAUAUAUGGACGGCAACAAGGCUCAUGGAGCCAAGGGUAAACACGGGGAAUCUUCGAGCGAAGUGAAACCCCAAAACACCAAACCGUCGGACAACAAUCCAGCACACACAACCAAAAUGGUGGAGCACCCGGAGAACGGUAUCCCAAAAGAGCUCUGCAACGGCAGCUCCCUCCCGGCCGCAGAGCAUCCCAUAAAGUGUUCCCCAAAGGACAGACACUUCUCCAAACCGUCACCAAGCACAGCAGAGGAAUACAACACGGAGGUGGCUCGCGGUCAGGCCGACUUACCGGAUGAUCUUCCCCUUCAGCUGACUGCUAGCUCACCCCUGACGUCCUGGUCCGUCGACAACAACAUCCCGACCCCGACGUCCGUGGACCAGAUCAGGAUCCCUUCUUUUCCCAACGACCGCAAGCGGAAGCUAUCGGAUCCCGCCGAGGACAGGAGCGUCUCCAAAACCUACCUGACUUCCAGAAGCUUCAGCGUCCCCAGCACCGUGGCCACGCCCCCUCAGGACAAACCGAUGGACCUCCACUGUAGCGGCCCCCGCCACAGCAGCACAUUUACAUACGAGGUUGUGGACUCUGGCAGCCAAGAGGAGCCGAUGGAUCUCAGCUGCCCAAAGAACAAGAAGCAGGAGGAAAUACAGCCGGAGCCCGAGCCCGUCGCCACAAACACAACUCGCGUGAUAGAAGACACACAGACGUCCACAGAGAAAUCUGCAGAAGCACCUCUUAAAGAUAUCUCCCCUUUUAUGGGAAAUAUCAUAAUCACUGACAUCACAACAAACAGUCUCACUGUCACAUUCAAGGAAUUUGUUUCUUUCUGAGAAACCCUUUGUAAAAUAGGACUACCGGUGACCGAUUGGACGAAUCCUGUUAAUAUGUACAUGUGUAAAAACAUCAGAAUUUUGUAAAUGUUGAAAUUUAUAAUUUAUCAGUCAAAUUCAAUAUGUUUCUUAGAAUGUUUUAUACUGUAACUCCUCUGUGACGUCGUAGCCAAGAAAGUGCCCUCGAGGAUUUGAGCGAAUGCAUUCAGGUGGAUGUGUUCCACCUUUUGUCACGUGGAGCCGAAUGGGACACUUUUGCUGUUGUUUCAUACCUGCACCAAACUUAUAACCUGAGAUGUAUGGAGGCUUAUACAUAUUUUGUACUAAUAAUAUCACUUAUUUUGGUCCUGAUAGAAGGUAGAGAGGAUGUUGUUGAGUAAAUGGUGAUCAAAGAUCAAAUUGAAAGCACUUAAUUACAUUUUCAUAUGUUGGUUUGGUUCAUAACAAAAGGAGGAAAACAGCUGUUCUCUUGAAGUCUUAUUUCACUUUUUACUUCCCGAGACGGAAUCGGCAUAUUUCGUUUGAUGUUCUGUUUGUUUGAGAAAACACGAGUUGCUAUGACAUGCAAAUUCACCAAGCAGGCGUGUCAGUGGAACGGUGUGUCAGCAAGCUUAAAGAAAUGUCCCGGCCUUCUCUUCUUUUUGAUCUCACCUUCAGCAAACAUUGAAUGACUGAAAUGUGACAUCUCAAAGGUCUGUUACCAUUAAGAAGUGUCAUUUAUCAAACCUGUGGCUUCCCAUUGAGACGUAUCGAUUCACAAUUAGAUCAUGACUUUAUUAACUUAUGUUGCUGGAGUUACUUUAAAAUACAUAUGCUAGUCUCAUUAGGACUCUCCUAAUAAAGCGAUAUUCAUCUCAAUUUGCUUUUUGAGCUCAUUGUAUGAUCUGGAAAGACACACGUUACUGCUAUUUGCUUUCGAAAAAGCAACCAGGGUGAUUAACGUUGCCCAGAUUAAAUGUGAGUCUCAAGGCUGUCUUUGUACACUGUUACAUGUGAGCCGCUGUCUUUAUUAUGCUGCUGAAAAUUCAAAUGUCAAAGCUGUUGGAUGUAACCUACAUUUGAGUCAACAUUGACUUCCACGCACGUCUGAUGCAAACCAGUAAGAAUGCUAAAAUGCUAUAAUAAUAAAAGAACAUAGCAUAUUUAUUGACGUUUAAUUAGUUGUAACAAAGAUGCUCUCUGCAUCAGAAGCUACAACUGAUUCCAUCGAACAGGUGAAAAGACGUUCUGAGCUCGUUAGCUCCUCGUUUGUUCUCUAUUUUUGUGCUUUGUUUGGUUCAUGCGUUCGAAAUCAAAAUGAUUGAUAUCAAGUCUGCUCUGCCAGGAGUUGGUGGACUUAUUGCUGUUGGCGCAGCGUAUUGGAUGGUAUGUUUCACAAUAAAGAGAGAGAAAUAACCUCUUAUAUGUUUCUGCAUUU